AUGUCAUUGUUUACCUAUAACAACGUUCUAUCGGCCAUAAUACUUUUUUUAACAGCUUACGUUUCACAUUACUAUUAUAAAUAUUUCACCCGCGAGAGUCCUCUACCAGGUCCAUUCCCUCUACCAAUUAUUGGAAAUACCCUCAUAUUUUUCCGUGAUAUCUCUAUCUGGCCUUCCGAACUACAAUCUAAGUACGGUGAUAUUUUCGAGGUUUAUAUUGGUUCUACACGCAAAGUCUGGCUAUGCAGUGAAGAAUUGGCUCUAAAAAUAUUUAGCCCAGCCAUCCAUAGUAACUUUCAUAAUCAUGCCGGUAAAGAUUCUGGUCUUGGUGAGGUUGGGCUAAUUAACACGGGAUUGUUAUUUAAUUUGGACUAUGAGAAUUGGGCAUUUAUUCGAAGGGUUUAUUCGAAAGCUAUUUUCUCAUCAGCUUUCAUGAAGCAGGCAUUGGCUAGUACGCAAAUUGCGUUUCAGAAGAUGGAAAAUUAUUGGAUGAAGCUUGGAGAAAACACUGCGCUGGAUUUCUCUUGUUGGGCCAGAAAUUACUUUAGUGAUACCACAGAACUUCUUACCACCAGUAAAUCAUUAGAUACUCUGACCUCUUAUUAUAAUAAAAUUUCUCCUAACAAAGAGAUCGAAAUUUCUGAUAAAAUGAAGGAGAAGGAAUAUGCUUCGAAAUGUGCUUCUGAAUUUGUGGAUGUUAUAAUAUGGUUCCACAACAUCCCAAGGUUCAUUAGAAAUUUUCCCGGAAUCAAUUCGUAUACAAAAAAAUUGAAGCAUCAACAUAAUUGGCUAAGGAAACGUCUUCUUAACGAUGUUAAAUCUCGGAGAGAGGAGAUUGAAAGAACGCCAGAAGAUGAGCCGCUAACCCGAGACCUUUUAACAAUGUUCCUAACGGUCAAUACACCACGUGACAUCACCAAAGGGAUUGCAGACGGCGCAAAUAACCGACCAAUGUCUGAUGAAGAGAUCGCAUCAAUUUUUAUGGAAAUUUCGGCUGCUGGGCUCAGAAAUGAGAAACCGGACCAGAUCGGUGGCUACACAUUUACAGAAAGCACCGACUUCUUUAUAUACGUUCAUGCGGUCAAUAAGCAUAAAUCCAAAUGGACAAAUCCAGAAUUAUUUGAUCCUGAUAGGUUCAUGGACGAAUUACACCCAGAUUAUAAAAAGGAAGUUUAUACGUUUGGUAGUGGAAUGAGAAUGUGUCCUGGGAGGAACCUAGCAAGACUUCUAUUGAAAGCUACGCUGGCUAUGUUUUACAGAAAAUAUGACAUUGAAUUGGUGGACAAGGAAGCACCUUUGAAGUUUAGCAAAUCGUUAUUUAGACAAUGUGUUGGGUUUGAAGUAAGGGUUAAGAAACUAGGUAACUAA